AUGUCUGGUAGUAAGCAACCAAAGUUGGAUUUAUUGACGGCAAGAGGCCUUUCUACAUUGAGGAAAAUAAGAGGGAUGGAAAAUUUGGUGGUAGAUGUGGUAGAAUUGGACCGACCAUCCAGACAAGCUUACUUGUUCCCCUACACAGGAUCGCUGGACUUACCUUCAAAGGGUCCAUAUUUCAAGCCGGAAAAGGUUCAGGAAUUUGCAAGGAUGUUGACAGAAGAGAUGAAUUGGAAAGAGGAGAUGCCGGAGCAGAACAAGAUCUAG